UAUAAAAGGUGUAUCUUCAAACUUCCUCACGCAUUCAUUUAUUUGAAUUCAACAAAGUUCACUUUAUUCUCAUUAAGAUGAAAUUUUUAAGUCUUGCCGUUGCUUUGGUUCUUGUAACCAUUCAAGUUGCAGGAGUUUUCGCUCAAGAAGAAGAACCAUCAGAAUGUGUGAAUGAUAUUGUGUGCACCUUUAAUUACGAUCCAUUAUGUGGUGAACUUAAUGGUGUAGAAACGUGGUUCUCAAAUGAAUGUAUGAUGAAUUCUGAAAACGCUUGUAAACCUAUUGAAGAACAACAUGUUCCAUGUACAAGUGGUGCAAUACUUCCACCAGGUUUACUGAAUCCUAAGGGUGACGAAGAGAAACCUAAACCUGAAGAUGAAUAACCUAUUGAAGAUUUUCAAUAAUGUGAUUAGUUUUGAAGACAUACAGCCAAGGAUAAAAUUCAAAACAACAAGCUCAUGUGAUUUUUGAUGAUAAUAAACUAAUAGAACAAGUUUAAACCAAAUCAACCGUGUUUCGAAAUAUUUUCGUGUAUCUAUUCUAUUGAUGUGAUCUACUAAAUAGCAAAUGUGGAAUAUCUGAUGGUGUCUUGGAAAUUUUGCGAUCCAUUGCGAUUUUAGUAGUCCGUGUUGGCGAGUUCGAACAAUUUUGUCCUGCAGCAAAGUCGUU